AUGGCACAUUUAAUACUCGUAUUGUCUUUAGUGUGGUGUCUCACUGAAGCCCAGAAUCUUACAUCAUGCGUAGAGCCAACGAAGGGCACUGUUAGCGGUGAAGCGGUAAUAGGAGUGUUGUUUCCAUUCCAUAAGCCAUCGGCUGACGGUCAGUCAUGUACCAGCGACGUCGACCCUGGUGCUAUUCAAAUAUUGGAAGCAGUGAAGUUUACUCUAGAGCGCCGUAAUAGUCUAAACCCAAUUUCAGGACUACAUGUCGGGUUUGAAGCAUGGGAUAGCUGCGGUCUUGAGUCAGUUGCUAUGGAUCGCUCUUUGCGGUAUCUUAACGACAAAAUCAAAAUGAUAGACGCACAGGGAAGUGUUUGUCCCAAUAGCAAACUUCGGAUUGGAAUGUUGGCUGACAGAGAGAGCGAUACAACCAGAUCAGUUGCGAAUAUCUUAAAUGAUGUGUCGGUACCUCAAAUCAGUUAUGGUGCAACGGCUACUGACUUCGCUGAUGAAACACGAUAUCCUUAUCUCUUCCGUACUGUGCCAUCGGACAUGGAGGAAGCCAAGGCAAUAGUGGAAGUACUGAAAAGACUUGGCUGGGUUUACAUUGAUAUUAUUUACACGAACGACGAGGCCCAUAUCAGAGAGGUGGACGCUUUCAAAGAAGUAGCCAGCGACGCUGGAAUAUGUGUGGCCAGUCACCCUGAAGGGGAGAUUAAUAUUAAAGUAGGUACCGCAUCGUCUGCGGGAGAUGUUUUCAACAGUAUUUUGAACGAUGUAAAAUCUGAUGCAAUAGUAGCCUACGUAACUGUAGACCACGGAGUUGGUCUUUUAAAAGCAGCGGAAACUAAAUUGCAACAAGGCUGGGAGAAACAGUGGUUGUUUUCAGCUGAGGGAAUGGCCGAUCCAGACAGCCUUGUUCAAGAAGUGUCGGAUGUUACACGCGGUAUUAUGGGAGUUAUAGCUUCGACAUUCACAAACGAAGUCAAUGAUUUUAUGACGUAUUUUAGAAGUAUAAAGCACAAUGAUCACGACGAAGAAGCCGAUCCAUGGUUCUCAGAAUUUGUGGAGAAAACCUAUGGAUGUCAAACCGGACAAGCAGCGUGCGAUAGCACUCAACAGCACGAUUCUGACCAAAAUCGUUUUGUAUCACCGGUGAUGAAUGCAGUGUCAGUGUUCUACCGUAUAAUAAAACUGCUUCACGACUCCAAAUGCCAGCCAAACUUCAGUGGGAUAUGUCAGAAUAUGUUCAACGCCGCACCUAAUGAAUACCUGUCACUAUUACAGUCUUUCAACUUAAAUGCCGAUGAAACCGACAGCGGGGAGUCUAUUACUUUCAACCAACACGGUGACAUUAAGGCGGCUUUCGACAUAGCAAAUCAUGACGGAACCGAAUUCAAUCUGGUUGGUUCCUGGAAUGACGGUCAUUUGUCAUUAGAUCUUAAUGAUGUAAAAAUGUGGGUGAACAAUGUGCAAACAAGUGGUGAAAAUCUUCCAAAAUCUGUCUGUCAGUCACCAGUAUGCAUGGACCCAGCUUGUGGAACUCCAGAGGAUAUUAAGAUCUACAUUGCCGGGGACAUACUACUUGGAGGUUUGUUUCCGAUACAUGAGAAGGGACAGACUAACCAUGAAUGUGGUUCCAUUAACACCGAUGCGGUAGUCCUUCUGGAAGCUAUGAUUUAUACCUUAGGGUUAAUAAAUGAUGAUGACACACAUUUGCAAAUGGUCUCAAUUGGUAUGGAAUCGCUUGAUUCAUGUUUAAGUGAAAAUUUAGCUUCACAUGCUGUUCUUCAGUUUUUAAGCACGGCAGAUUUUGGUAGUAGCGGAUCUGGUACGAGACUCAGUGUUGAAACCGGAGAAACCGAGCAUAUCUUUGGCAUUGUUGGUGGAUCGGAUAACGAUGUCUGUGCUGCUGUUAGUAAAGUCUUGCAAGUGUAUAACAUUCCUGAAAUAAGCUACAAUGCUGGAAAGGCUUCUCUGAGUAACCAAUAUAACUAUCCUAAUUUUCUGCGAACAGUUCCUCCCAAUACAUUUCAAGUUGCCGCUAUUAUACAAACUAUGGUAUCAAUUGGUUGGACUAAAGUACAAAUUAUUCACAGUGAAGAUUCCUUUGGUUGGGAUGGUACAAGUGUUCUAAGGCAGCAAGGCCCAAGGGCUGGUAUUUGUGUUACUCAGUAUUUGGGUGUUCAGGAUCCCAGUGAUGAAAAUAAGAUGGAUGAAUUAUUCACAAAGUUCAAUACUCGUCCUGAUGCCCCAGGCCUUGUUGUAUUGGGAGGAAAAGAACUAGCACGAUCCGUGCUUCAAACGAUUAAGAGAAAUGAUUUACAAGGGAAGUAUUUUUUGAUUGGUUGUGAUAGAUGGGGUACUGAUCCAACCGUGGUUAAUGGACUUGAAGAUGUAGCAAUGGGUUCAAUUACUGUAACAACUGUUACUCGUCAGGCUCCAGGGUUUGUAUCCUAUAUGCUUAACAGACAACCUGAUGAUAAUGCAGUUAAUCCUUGGUUUGAGGAAUUCUGGAUGAAUAAGUUCCAAUGUAAACUAAGUGGAUAUGAUGCAGAAUAUGCAAAUGAGUGUCAAGGUACUGAAAGUCUAUCAGAAGCUGAUAUUCCCAUCAAUACUGUGGUUAAUGUCAUAGAUGCAAUAACUGCGUAUGCAUAUGCACUGGACAACAUUCAUCAAACUAACUGUUACUCUGACGACAAAAUUUGCCAUGAAAUGAGUGAAGUUAAUGGGAAAGGCAUCUCUGAUGAGAUUUUGAGCACUAGGUUUGAUAGUCUGGCAGAUGGAAGAAAGAUAUCAUUUAAUUACCAAGGCGAUAUACAAAUGGGAUUCAAUAUCUAUAAUUAUCAAAAAGUUGGAAAUCUUUUUUCCUAUGAAAAGAUUGGUUACUAUGACAACAGUAUACUCUUAAAUUUGACAAGUGAUAUAAAGUUUUAUACUAAAGAUGGUGAAGAGAUGGAAACACCCCCAAAAUCAGAAUGUAUUGGUCCAUGUGACGAUUGUAUUCCAAUUGAAACAAAGAAAGUUGCUGAAGUUGCUGGAGGAGAAGUCUUGAUAGGAGGUUUAUUUGAAAUUCGGGAGCCUGGGAAGACAUUACUUGAUUGUGGUGACAAUAUUAUUAUGUAUAAUAUGCAGCAGGUAGAAGCAUUCCUGUUUGCUGUUGACGAAAUAAAUGCUGACAAUGAAACAUUGCCAAAUUUAAAACUUGGUGCCAUUGCUUUUGAUACAUGUGGUAUUUCAGAACGUGCUGUCAGAGAAACUACCAAUUUUGUAACUGGUUCUGUCGAGUAUCGAUCCGGCUAUUCGUCUGCAAGACCACGUGUGAGUGCCAUUAUUGGUGGAAGCACCAGUGAUACAUCAGUUCAUGUUGCCACGAUUCUCAGUGCGUUGAUGACCAACCAGAUAAGUUACGGAGCAACGACUGAAGAAUUGAGUGAUACAGACACUUAUCCUUUCUUUAUGCGUACAGUCCCGUCAGAUGUAUCACAAGUUGCAGCUCUGAUAGAUAUCAUCUCAUCCGUCGGUUGGAGCUAUGUUUCUGUGGUGUACACCAACAAUGCAUAUGGUCAGGACAUGAUGAAACAAUUCACUGACGCAAUCAGACACACAAAUAUCUGUAUCGCUGCAACUUUGAUGCUAGAUCUUUAUGAUACAAACUAUGACUUUGUAACUGAUUCGCUUGAUGCACAAAUUCAAUCUAAAGUUGCUAUACUUUUUACAAGUGAUCUUCAAACUCAGAAACUGUUGGAAAAUGCAGAGCGUAAGCAGCUUCAGAGAACCCAUUGGAUUGGUACAGAUACAUGGGGGGAUAGAAUGUUUGUCGUAGAAAACGCAACAUCCACCUCCCAGGGAGCAAUCACAUUGCAGUUCAGGAAAAAAACGUCUAGAAAGUUUGAAGAAUAUUUCACAUCGUUAAACGGGUAUUCAAAUUAUCGUAACCCGUGGUGGCAGGAAUGGUGGAUGAACCAUUUUCUGUGUAAUCUCAAUGUCUGGAAUCUAGACAAGAUUUACGAUUCUAUAUGUUCAGUUGAACUAGAUCUUUCCAAUGAUUUUGAAGAAGAAGCCAAUGUUCGCUAUAUUGUUGAUGCAGUCUGGGCUUUCGCAAAGGGUUUGGAUGCAACAUUGAAUGAUCUUUGUCCGAAUCAAACACAUCACCUGUGUCCUGAGGUUGUUGAGAACCCUGAAAUUCUUCAUAGAAAUAUUUUGGAAGUGCAAUUUAAAGGUCAUGGUGAUGUUGACUUCAGUUUUGAUUCUAAUGGUAAUGGUCCACCAUCUUAUGAUGUGUUCAAUUUACAAAGAAUUGGUGACACACUUAAGUAUAUUAAAAUUGGUGGGUGGGAAAAUGGUAACCUGGAUUUAGAUCCCACGGACAUUCUGUCAUACAAUGAUAAUGAUGAACCUGUAGCUUUGAUGAAUUCUGAAUGCCUUGGCAGAUGUCAAGAGUGUGUAAAACUCAAAAAUGAACAAUAUAUUGAGUUACCUGGACAGAUACAUAUUCCUGCAUUGUUUUCAGUGCAUAAUCAGAAUAACCACUUGGUUGAAUGUGGUGAUUUACGAGAGAACGGUUUCGUCUAUACUGAGGCUAUGUUGUAUGCAAUUGAUGAAAUCAACAAAGAUGAUAAACUUCUACCUGGCAUUCAACUGGGAACAGUGAUGUUUGAUACGUGUAUGAGUGGAAUGCGUGGUGUUCGUGAUUUAUCACAACUACUUAGUGGAUUAUUUUACAAGGAUAAGAAGUAUUCACCGUCAUCUUUUCCACUUAUUGCUGGUGUUAUUGGAGCUGAAACUGAUGUGAUUACCACAGAUGUCAUCACUAUGACCAAUCAAUAUAAAUAUACCUUGGUUAGUUAUGGAGCAUCAUCAUCAUUGAUAAAUAUUUUACAUCCUUAUUUUGUAAGUGCUGUACCAAGCGACGAUAAACAAGCAGCGGCGUUAUUUGCCCUUUUACAACAACUGCACUGGACACAUGUUUCAGUUGUCGUGUCUCGAGAUGGUUUCAGUAAAGCAGCUAUGAGGGCGUUUACAAAUGUGGCACCACGUAGAGGGAUCUGUAUAGCAACUAUUGUGAGACUUGACUUACCCGCUGACUAUCAACAAGCCAGUGAAAGACUGUCUCUAUUUGGUACUCGAGGUGUAGUCAUACUUUUUACUGAUCCUGAAGACACUCGUGGGAUGAUUAACGCCGCGUUCCAAGCUUCCCAAUCAUAUCAAUGGGUAUUAACCAAUGGCAAGAUACAAAAUGACACUCUAACAAAUCUGGACAAUGUUGCUGGUGGGUUUAUCAUCAUUUCCAGGAAAACGGCUGAGCUUUCAUCAUUUGAUAAUUAUUUUGUUACUUUAAAUCCUGACAAUAACGUGCGUAACCCAUGGUUUCAAGAGUACUGGCAAGAGACUUUCCAAUGCAAUCUACCUAACAAUGCAAAAUAUCUCAGAAACUGUUCCAAUACUUUGACUCUCCCGAGACCAUUGCAAAAUGGAAUUGGUAAUUUUGUUGGGGAUGUCAUUAACUCUGUUUAUGCCAUCGCAAAUGGCAUUCAUAAUUUGAUCAAUGAGAAAUGUGUUGGUCAGUCAGAAGGGUUGUGUACUGAGUUUGUUUCAGCUACUCCAGAAGAGUUCAUAUCUGCAAUCCAAAGUGUGAACUUUACUUUAGAAGGUGCCAGCUUCCAGUUCAGUGAAGGUAGUGGACCAGGCAGCUAUAAGAUGGAAAGCUAUCAGCAGACUACAGAUAAUGGAUUGCAGUUUAUAAACGUUGGGGACUGGAAUAAUGGUGCUCUAUCUUUUGACCAAGACAAGCUACAAAUACUAACACCGCCAGAUGUACCAUGGGCUGACUGUAGCAAAGUGGAUUGUCCACUUUGUGUUAUGCAAAUGAUGGAAUCAACCACUAUCUCAGUUCCAACUGUCAGCAAAACUGAGCCUUCAGACAAAAUGACCACCAAGCCACUGAUAACCCCUAAGAGUAGCAAACUCUUGACUUUUAGUGGGGAGAAUAAAACAUGGAGAAUAUUGGUGUUAUGCCUAACAAUUGUGGUUUUCAUCCUAGCUGUAAUAACAUUGAUAUUCGUUUCAUGUCAUAUAAAACAUAUCGUCUUUCAAGACUCAUCAUCCAGCCUUAACAUCCUACUUCUUAUUGGUGUUAUCCUCUUGGUUUCAUUGAACAUUGCAUUUGUACUACAGAAUACUCCAGUAAUCUGUGGUAUACAACGUUUUGGACUUGGAUUUCUGUAUGCCAUGUGUUAUGCAGCAUUGUUUGUCAAAGCAGUGCGUGUCUACCGUAUUGGAAAACGUCAAAUGCGUAUUUCAGGACCAAAGGCUAAAUUUAUCAGUCCUAUGUCACAGACUAUCUUUUACUGUGGUGUCAUGUUAAGUGAACUUCUUCUAGCUGUUGAAUGGUUGUUAAUUGAUCCACCAGCUACGUACAUUGAUGAGAAAGGACAACAGAUGUGUGGCCAACCAAUGGAAGCGAUGGUGAUGUCGUUACUUUACGUUUAUCUACUGUUAUUAGUAACUACUGUGAUAGCUUUCAAAGCUAGAAACUUUCAUAAUGUCUUCCACGAAUCACUGUAUAUUCUGAUAACAUCCCUUGGUUCUAUCUUAACUAUGAUUGUAUGGGCGGUUGCUGCGACUGUUGGACCUACAGAAUAUCAGAAACCAGCCCUGUGUUUUGGAAUACUCCUCAAUAGCGUACUUAUUCUCAUACUCAUGUACCUACCAAAAAUCAAGCUUAUUUUAUCCAAACAUGACUUCUUUGAAAAUGCAUCUGUGACUUCUGAUGCAAAGACGGCUGACAAAUCUCGUGAAUUUCAAAACCCUGCAUAUAACGUAUAUGGGGAGGAGUGUGAUGUUCCAGAAGAUGCUGCUCCAGAGAUGAUGAAAGAUUCAAGACCACAACUGUCAUCAGAAACUACAACAGCAUUCUGAGUAAACAAAUUACUGAACUGAACAUCCUAAGCAGUCAACAAAUAAACCAUCUUAUGAACCGGUUUUGACAUUUUUUGCGAAAUGUUGAGAUUUUACAUUACAAUGUAUUCUAAUUGUUGAGAUUUUGCGCUAUAAUGUAUUCAAAAUGUUGAGAUUUUACACUACAAUGUAUUCAAAAUGUUGAGAUUUUACGCUACAAUGUUUUC